AUAUUUUAUCAAGCAGAAAUGCAUCGAACAACUAGAAUCAAGAUCACUGAGCUAAAUCCCCACGUAAUGUGUGUGCUUUGUGGAGGGUACUUCAUUGAUGCCACAACCAUAAUAGAAUGUCUACAUUCCUUCUGUAAAACAUGUAUUGUGCGUUACUUGGAGACCAGCAAAUAUUGUCCUAUCUGUGAUGUCCAAGUUCACAAAACCAGACCACUACUGAAUAUAAGGUCAGAUAAAACUCUCCAAGAUAUUGUAUACAAAUUAGUUCCAGGGCUUUUCAAAAAUGAAAUGAAGAGAAGAAGGGAUUUUUAUGCAGCUCAUCCUUCAGCUGAUGCUGCCAAUGGCUCUAAUGAAGAUCGAGGAGAAGUUGCAGAUGAAGAUAAGAGAAUUAUAACUGAUGAUGAGAUAAUAAGCUUAUCCAUUGAAUUCUUUGACCAGAACAGAUUGGAUUGGAAAGUAAACAAAGAUAAGGAGAAACCUAAAGAGGAGGUGAUUGAUAAAAGAUAUUUACGUUGCCCAGCAGCAAUGACUGUGAUGCACCUAAGAAAGUUUCUCAGAAGUAAAAUGGACAUACCUAAUACUUUGCAGAUUGAUGUCAUGUAUGAAGAGGAACCUUUAAAGGAUUACUACACACUAAUGGAUAUUGCCUACAUUUAUACCUGGAGAAGGAAUGGUCCACUUCCUUUGAAAUACAGAGUUCGACCUACUUGUAAAAGAAUGAAGAUGAGUCACCAGAGAGAUGGACUGACAAAUGCUGGAGAACUGGAAAGUGACUCUGGGAGUGACAAGGCCAACAGCCCCGCAGGAGGUGCUCCCUCCACCUCUUCCUGCCUGCCUAGCCCCAGCACUCCCGUUCAGUCUCCUCAUCCUCAGUUCCCUCACAUCUCCAGCACUAUGAAUGGAACCAGCAGCAGCCCCAGCGGUAACCACCAACCUUCCUUUGCCAACAGAUCUCGAAAAUCGUCAGUAAAUGGGUCGUCAGCAACUUCAUCUGGUUGAUACCUGAGACUCCUAAGGAAAAAAAAUUUAAAUCCCUUAUUUAUAUAGAUAUCUUCGUGCCAUUACAGCUUUAGA